UGUCGAAAGGGCCUCCCACGCUUAUAGGGACAGGUACAUGCAGUUAUACGAUAUCUUAUGUGGAAAGGUGUGUACGUGGGCGAUAUUGCAACGAUACCCAAUCUGUGUUCCCACUGCGCGUGUGUAUGGGUGUCCGUUCAGCAGCGUUCCGCAGCUAUCGCAUUAUUAUAAUUCGCGGUCUCGAGCGACGUGCUGUAUCUGCGGUUCGGAUGGCCGAGCGGCUCUCGCGGGGUCGAGAUUACAAGCCCGCGAAGGUAAAGCGGGAGUAGAAAGCGCCGUUAGGUGCUUGACCAGUGUUAUAGAUAUCAUAAACAAGGACCCUCUGAGGUGACCAGGGUGCAGUCCCGCUCUCACGCCCCAUGGCAUCCGCUAUCUGGAAUCCGCACAAGUGACAACAACCCUAUCCUGCCACCGAGUAACCGAGGUAUAUUUGCUGUUAAUGAAUAUUCAUACGGUGCUCGGCCCUCGACCGUAGCCACCGUAGAAAAGUCGACCGCUUAAAACGAGACCGACAACCGCGAACGUGCCUCCGAUGUUAGCUCUUUCAACAAGACGGGGGAACGUGUCGCGGUGAUCUACAUUUUUUAUCCAAAAAUCAAUCCCGUCAAAUUUCGAGAAAAGUGAGUGAAAUUGUGUGAAAUUUACCGCCCAACACCUGCGGAUGGACAACCGAAACUACACUUGAAAUACGUAGCAAUAAAAAGCGAAGUUGAUAAAAAAAAAGAGCUGACGUCGAUCGCUUUGCAGGAAUCGUUAAUCGCCGGCGAGUCAAGCGCACGCGGCGUGAUUAUAAUCAGUGCGCGACGCAAACCGGAAGGCCGAGUGAAUAUUUAAUAACGUGCGACAACGGGGGAUGGAGGCGUUGGUGGUGCUGGUAUCGCCUCAAAGGUGUACCGUGCACAGUUACCAGAUCGCCGGACAUUACGAUGGUCGAAUUACAACGCGAGAAAACCCCGGCUCGAAGAAGCUCCGCGUGGCGACGCGUUCUCACGAAACAAGCACGGGAAUUCUGUCUCUCAACCGGACUCCACGGGUACAAGUACAUCGCUCAGAGUCAACGCUCAGUUUACGAGAGGGCGAUUUGGGCCGUAGGCGUUGUCGUUUCUCUCUGCUGUGCCAUUGCUCUGAUGCAAAUUGCAUGGGAGUACAACGCGGCGCAUCCAACUCUCACUGUGAUCGAGUCCACUCAUCACGGUAUUUGGAACUACAGAUUUCCCGCCGUCACCAUCUGCGAUCUCAACCGUGUAUCGCUAAGCCGGGCUCACGACUUGGUUAAUUCUCUGCAUGGACCUCGGUUGGAGAAUGAAUCUGAAACGGUUCUGUUAGCCGAGAUGCGACUCCUGAACAAGCUUCUUGACCCAGAUAUUUCUAGCCAAAAAGUUUACACCAACCUGACCCGGCUACAGGAGAUAUUCGACGAUAACGACUUGACGAUUCCUGACGUCAUGAAAUUGGUAACGAGAAACUGCUCCGAGAUAACAGUGAGAUGCAAAUGGAAGGGAAACAUCAUCUCUUGUGACUCGAUAUUUGAGUCAUCCCUGAGCCGUGAUGGUAUCUGCUGCAGUUUCAACUAUAUCGGAGUCCCAGAUCGUGAAAAAUCCCGGCGCAUACCUAAGAGGGUGACGGCUUGUGGCUAUCAGACCGGAUUGACGGUGCUGUUAAACAUGGCACCCUUAGAUUACCACGCGGCACUUCUCGGAGGUUACGGUCUUAAGGUGAUUCUUCACGAUCCUUACGACUACCCGGACCGUAACGCUAAGAACAAACUGAUCCGCAUGGACAAAGAAGUGUUCCUCAGCGUUACACCGGAAGUUACAUACUCAACGGAUGAUGUGCGCAGUCUUCCCGUGUCGAAACGAAGUUGCAUAUUCUCGGACGAGGGGCAAGACCUGACAGCACUGAUGGGAAAUUACUCCUACAACAAUUGCCUUGCCGUAUGCCGUAUGCAAACGAUAUUUGAGAAAUGCGGAUGCAUUCCCUAUUAUCAGGCAUACCUACGUUUUGCCUCUGUUGAACUUCCAGAAAACGAUCCAGACACAAACACCAGCGUAAGAAUCUGUAACCUUACCGACGUGAAGUGUGUCUACGAUUUCCAGGAUUGGUACGAAACUUCAUGGCCGGGGACCAAGGUAACGAACAGACACCUGCCGUCGAUAGAGGUGUUGGAUUACGAAAGCGGACCGUGCAAAUGCAUUCCCGAUUGCAGCCUCUUUCGCUACCCCCUUCAAAGCUCCGCUGGAAUAUUGGAUCGCAGCAAUGCCUAUCACGAUCUUGAAUUCUAUAAGGGUGUUGACGUCAAGAAUCAUAGCCUUUUACACGUAUUCUUCAGUGACCUGGUGUCAACUCAAUACCGUCGCGAUGUUUAUUACGACUGGCACAACCUGUUCGCCUCGUUCGGUGGACUGCUCGGGCUCUUCGCAGGAUUCAGUCUGAUGUCUGCGUUUGAACUGAUAUAUUUCUUCUCCAUUCGAUUGAUAGCGGACUUGUGGACUGGUAACAAAAAAGGGCGGAUAUGAUCGAAGCACGAGUCAUUUAUUAAUCGAUCUUGUUAACAUUGUCAUGCUUGAAAUUUUUAAUUGCGGGCGUUUUGUUUCUUAUCGUGACUUACACUACUAUUUUACGUACAUUAUUAAUUUGAAACACAUACCUGUUU